UGGUACCUGUUGCUGGUUUGUUUUCCAGGUCAACUGGCUGCAGGUACAUGUGAGAUUGUUACUUUGGACAGAGAUAGCAGUCAGCCCCGAAGGACUAUAGCCCGACAAACAGCUCGCUGUGCAUGUAAAAAAGGACAGAUUGCCGGUACAACAAGAGCAAGGCCAGCAUGUGUUGAUGCACGAAUUAUCAAAACAAAACAGUGGUGUGAAAUGCUUCCAUGUUUAGAAGGAGAAGGCUGUGAUUUGCUAAUCAAUAAAUCAGGCUGGACCUGUACGCAACCAGGAGGACGGAUAAAGACAACCACGCUCCAUAUGUCUCCCACGUAUGCUAUUAUUGCAACUUUGUUGGAAGCCUUUCAUAGAAAUGCACAAAGAAUGUGUUCCAGCCUGGAAAAGAAUUACUUGGAUUAUGAAUAUCAGUUGGAUGCUGACAAGUCAAAGAAAUGGCCAGCUUUCAGUAACUGACUAAAACAAACCAGAAUUGACCUUGGAAGAUGAAGAUACAAAAAUAGAAACAUGAGUAUAUCUUUUUACUGGACUAUUAAAACUGCAUUGCCUUCUUCCUGACAGAUAGUAUAAAAUUUGACUAAAUAAAGGCUAUAAAAGUACUUAAGAGCAGAGACACAUAACUUAAGAAACAGUUUCUACGUGACAAGAAUGUUAAUCUAAACACUUUUCUUUAGGAACUGAAGGAUUAUAUUUUAAUGUGGAUAGAAUUGAAGACAUUCUGAGGUUGCUCAACCCUACAAAAAUAUUUGUGUUGACUGUUCCUCAUUAGACACAAUAAGUUAUAUGAGUUUUUUUGAAUAGUUGUGAAGAAUCAUAUGAUUGGAUUCCUAUCUGGCAGGAAUUCUUAAUGGAAAUUUGAGAUAUAAAGGGUUAUCAUCAAAUAGAGUAUUGUCAAAUAGAUGGAAUAUCACUUAUGCAAUGACUUUCAAGUUGAAGAAAUGAUUCUGAUAAAAAG